CUUUCUGUGUUAAGAGCUUGAAGCUGAAGAAAAGCUAUUUAAUUUUGUUUUCCGUCGGAGAUUACAAGGAAGUGCGGUGAAAACCUCCACACUACAACUACUUAGACGAGACUUGUUUUGUCUCGUCUAACCGUCAAUAACUGUUGUAUAUGGAACUAGACGAUUUGGAUCUCGGCAGUUCCUGGCCGUUGGAUCAGAUCUCUUUUGCUUCUAAUUACAGGUUCCCUUCUUCAGAACAACAACCUUUCUCUCCUCUCUGGUCUUUCUCCCCCGGAGAUGCUGCCUGUGAACUUCCCUCAGCAGCUCCCACUUGCUUCACCGAUUAUUCUCUCUUACUUGCAAGUUCGGAGUCCGAAACUGCCACCACAAAGGACAAUCAUCAGCCGCUUCCUUCACCCUCAUGGCCGUUGGAGAAUCCAGACACUUACUGUGCCAUCAAAGCCAAGAUGACUCAAGCUCUUCGCUUCUUCAAAGAAUCAACCGGUCAACAACACCUCCUAGCUCAGGUUUGGGCGCCUGUGAAAAACCGUAACGGACGAUAUCUUCUCACAACCUCGGGACAGCCUUUUGUUCUUGGUCCCAAUAGUAACGGUCUUAACCAGUACAGGAUGGUUUCUCUCACCUACAUGUUUUCCCUUGAUAGUGAACGCGAGGGGGAGCUUGGGCUCCCCGGCCGCGUUUUCAGGAAGAAGUUACCUGAGUGGACACCUAAUGUUCAGUAUUACUCUAGUAAAGAGUUCUCACGGCUGGGUCAUGCUCUGCAUUAUAAUGUUCAGGGGACUUUGGCUUUGCCUGUUUUUGAACCUUCUCGGCAGCUCUGUGUUGGGGUUGUUGAGCUUAUUAUGACUUCUCCUAAGAUUAACUAUGCACCUGAGGUUGAAAAAGUUUGUAAAGCCCUUGAGGCUGUGAAUCUGAAGACUUCGGAAAUACUGAAUCACGAAUCUACUCAGAUUUGCAACGAGGGUCGUCAAAAUGCAUUGGCUGAGAUAUUGGAGAUACUGACUGUGGUGUGCGAGACCUACAAGCUGCCUUUAGCUCAGACAUGGGUCCCUUGCAGGCACCGUAGUGUUCUAGCAUUUGGUGGUGGUUUUAAGAAAAGCUGUUCCAGCUUCGACGGAAGCUGUAUGGGGAAAGUCUGCAUGUCCACUAGUGAUUUAGCAGUUUAUGUUGUGGACGCUCAUGUUUGGGGUUUCAGAGACGCUUGUGCUGAACACCAUCUCCAGAAGGGACAAGGUGUUGCUGGAAGGGCUUUUCUUUCUGGAAACCUCUGUUUUUGUAGAGAUGUUACUCGCUUCUGCAAAACUGAUUACCCGUUAGUACACUAUGCACGCAUGUUCAAGCUCACUAGCUGUUUCGCUGUUUGCUUGAAGAGUACUUAUACGGGAGACGAUGAGUAUGUUCUUGAGUUCUUUCUACCUCCAACCAUCACCGACAAGGGUGAGCAAGAUUCUCUGUUGGGUUCUCUGUUUCAGACAAUGAAGCAGCACUAUUCGAGUCUCAAGGUGGUUUCUGGAACUGAAAAUGAGAUGUCUAUUGAACUGGUAGAAGCUUCAGAGGACGGAAUGGUUUACUCAAAACUUGAACCAAUCCAUAUACCAAUCUCUAAGGAUUAUCUCCAGCUCAACGCACCUGAGCAGAACCUGACCUUAAACCCUGACCCUGUGGAGGACAACGAAGUUGCUAAUGGGUUUGAGAGGUUUCAAACGCUUAAUCCUUCACCGGAAGCCAAAACUGAGAAGAAAUCAGAAAGAAAGCGAGGGAAGACAGAGAAAACGAUCAGUCUAGAAGUGCUUCAGCAAUAUUUUGCUGGUAGUCUAAAAGAUGCAGCCAAGAGCCUUGGUGUUUGUCCAACAACAAUGAAACGCAUUUGCAGGCAACACGGGAUCUCUCGGUGGCCAUCUCGUAAAAUCAACAAGGUGAACCGAUCUCUCACGAGGCUUAAACAUGUUAUAGACUCCGUUCAAGGCGCUGAUGGAACAAUCAACUUAACAUGGCCUCACCAAGUCUCUCCAAUGGACAACCAACCACCACCAGCAACCACUAGAUCGCCAACAAGUUAUUUCCAAGAUAUCAAACUUGAAAACCGAGAUGCGGAAGACAGUGCUGGUUCAUCAACGUCACGUGCUUCUUGCAAAGUGAGUCCUAUUAGCGAGACGCGUUUUCGGCUUAUGACACAAAACCAAGAAGCAUUCAAACAAACGGCCUUUGACGAGUCAGACAGUACCUCUAAAAACAUAAUAGCUAAUAACUUUUGGACCUCCCAAGACACAACAACACUCCACAAUAAGUUGGUGAGCAUAAAGGCAACGUACAGAGAAGACAACAUCAGGUUUAAGAUCUCACCAGAGUCAGUAAGCAUCGCUGAACUUAAGCAGCAAGUGGCUAAGAGGCUGAAACUAGAAACUGCGGCGUUUGAGCUCAAGUAUCUAGACGAUGACAACGAAUGGGUCUCGGUCUCGUGUGAUGCUGAUCUCAGCGAGUGUCUCGACACGUCAUCUGUUGUAACCGCAGCGAAGGGGAACACGCUGAGGCUAUCAGUUCAUGAUGUGACUCCCAACUUUGGGAGCUCAUGCGAAAGCUCAGAGGAAACUAUGAUGUGCUUGUGACCCAGUGCUCUUUAUUCACUUGUACACCAAAUUUCUUGUAUGGAUUGAUCAGAGUUUUGUUUUGCCUUUUGUUUUUUUCGAGGAGUUUUAGUGUUAAAUUUUCAAAAUGUAUAAAGAACACUUCUCCGCAUCAAUAGAUGUUGAUUGGAAUGAAAAAAAUUAAACUAUAUUUACC